AUGAACGCGUCCAAGCCUGAUAUUCACCAUGUUAACACUGCGCCACCAGAUCCUGCUGCGACAGAACAAUUCUUUCAUAUUACAACUCCUAUCAUACCCGGACAGAUAAAGCGAUCCGGGAGCAAAAAGACUCAAGGCCUUGAUAUUGUAGUGUAUGAGGUUCUGACCGGUCCUUUGGACUGUUCAAAGGAGUUUGCUCCAGUGCCGGGAUGGGAACCGCUCACGCACCCGGAAGGUGCUUUGUUUUUCUAUCACUCCAAUCGCAAAGUUUUCACUUAUGCCAAUAUUCAAGGCCCUGGAACUGCAGUGGAAAUGGAUGAGAUAGCUAAGAAGGCGUACGAAGAAGCGCACAAAGCAAACGUCUUUCGUUCAUCUGUUGAGCUAACGUUGGAGCGCAUGAUGGUGGGUGAGGAUGAGAAAUGGGGCUACUACUUUGCCGAUCAUGACAAACGUGUUGUUUUCUGGCUCAAACCCUAUAAGUCUGAAGAACUUAUCGGUAACGUUCGAGGAGUGAAUGGUGCAAGCCACAUCAAGUAUGCCCUAGAAUCACAGUACUGGUUUGUGGCCUCAAAGAAACACAUUGAACUAUUUCCGAACAAACGUUUCCUUCCGAAAGACAUCGUUGUGAGACUCAGGGAAAUUGUCAUGUAUACUCAGGCAGACAGCAUCACUUCCGAGACUUGCCUGACACCUUUGAGUUCGAACCAGAUUGCAAGUACGCUUAGUCUUAUGGAUCCUCUGAUGAGCAGUAUUGGCCAGAAGCACGAGCAUUCUGUGUGGAUCGUCGCUCGAUUUAUGGGACAUUUCUGCCACAUGGACUUUGUGAAUUUUUGCGGACAACCAGGUGCCCGACUUGACGCGAAACAGUCGUUAUACGGAGAUUCCAACAUGCACCCAAAAAACUUCUUUUUCCGCAUCAUGAAUAUCAUUCUGUUUGGAUCCCUUGAUGCUCAUAGCAGGGCUCUUCACCUGAUAUGGGUUGAUCACACCAUCGUUCAACGGCGGUGGAAGGAUUUCAUCAAUGGACUAAAUAACGAGUGGAAUGGAUAUACAAUAUUCUCUACUGUAAUGCUUGCUGUUGAUAUCAGCUUUCUCGCGAUCACAUCCGUCCAGACUCAACCGCACGCGAUUCUUGUAUCAUAUCUGUCUAUCCUCUGUGCUAUGGGUUCGUUAGUGGUCUCACUAGUCCUGGCCGCACAAGUCAACGACGGCCGGCGAAGCUCUGCUGAAAGCGCGGCUUCGUUCAUGGUGGGCAUGUCGUAUUCUAUGCUUGGCAUCGAAAGCCUUGCCCUCAUGCUUACUCUGCCGUAUGCUCUUCUGCUUUGGGGAAUGACGUUCUUUGCUGUGGCGUUGCUCAUGGUGAUUGUCCGUACUUCUGGUGUUGUCACUGUCUCGAUUGUAUCCCCCAUGUGGGUUGCUGUCGUCAUAGUGGCGGCGUGGCCGAUAUUGGCUGCCAAUGGUUUUCACAUGUCACGCCUGUUUUCCUGGGUCUUCCGACGCAGGACAUUCACUCUGCCCCGCUGAGAGUGGGGUUUAUGUAAAAAAAAAACAGUGGUGGCUGUUUGGAAGCAAAAUCGUCAUGAGCAGUGAGUGCGAAUAUUUCGGCGGGUUGAGUUCUCACU